CUCAAAUACACUCAAUUAAAUCAAUCAAUCAGUCUUCAAAAUGGCGUUAAUCAUGUCGUUCGUGUCCGUUGCUAUAUCUAUAUUGUAUACGCCGUUAUUACUUUUAAUAUUGUGCAUAAUAUUUCUCGCUUCAAUAGGAAAAUCUUUGGGUGUGCGCAGAUUGUACGUGAACAUACUGCUGAAACUUUUCGAGUAUGGCAGACAGCAUAUCGAAGUUGCUAAGAUCAAAAUACAACGAACAGACAGUUCUGAUGAGGAGGACCUGCCCCCAGUGCCUGAUGAUAAACCCCCCUCAGCUAUCAUCAAGGAGAAUGGAGUCAAUGGUACAAAGAUGACAGUGAUAGAAAGGCAAGAGAUACUUGGUCCUUCGCCGGAAUUGAACUAUAAAAGGAGCACCAGCCAGGAACGGGUGCAGAACGGGCCCAAAACCACCCAGGGUAAUGGAGAGAGCAACAUGGAGUUCGACCUCUCAAAUUGCCUGGACCUGGUGAAGGCUGGCAUGGAGUCUAUAAUCGAAGACCAGGUCACGUCCGUCUUCGAAGCCGAAGAGUUGAGGAGCUGGAAUUUGUUAACCAGAACUAACAGACAAUACGAGUUUUUAACGUGGCGUCUCACAAUUAUAUGGGCGAUGGGUUUCGUAGUCCGGUACAUGUUCCUUCUACCGCUCAGGAUAAUGAUUUUCGUCAUAGGGGUUAUAGUAAUGGUUUUCUCAACAUGGGUCGUGAGUUUAGUACCAUUCGUUCGUCUCCGUAACAAACUUGGAAAGAUCUCGUACAAAACCAGCAUCCGGGUCAUCAUCAGGGGCCUUUCCAUCCACGCAAGGUUCCAUGAUGAGCAGUACCGUCCACGAGCCAAUGGAUUCUGCGUUGCCAAUCACACCAGCCCCAUUGAUGUGGGCGUUCUAAGCAUCAAAACGUGUUUCUCUUUGAUCGGUCAAAGACACAACGGUUUCCUAGGUAUACUACAGAGGGCGCUCGCGAGGGCGUCCCCUCAUAUCUGGUUCGAGAGGUCAGAGGUCAAAGACAGGCAUGCUGUUGCUAAAAGAUUAAAAGAACAUAUAUCUAUACCGGACAACCCUCCGAUCCUCAUCUUCCCCGAGGGUACGUGCAUCAAUAACACUUCUGUCAUGCAGUUCAAGAAGGGUAGCUUCGAAGUAGGAGGCACCAUAUACCCGGUCGCGAUCAAAUACGACCCACGCUUCGGAGACGCAUUCUGGAACAGCUCUCGAUACGGUAUGCUCCACUAUCUCCUCAACAUGAUGACCUCGUGGGCCAUCGUCUGCGACGUUUGGUACCUACCGGCUAUGACGCGCGCCGCUGACGAAUCCGCUGUGGACUUCGCGAAUAGAGUCAAGGCUGUCAUCGCGAGGCGGGGAGGUCUAGUCGACUUGAUGUGGGACGGUCAGCUAAAACGCAUGAAACCCAAAAAGGAAUGGAGAGAAUUACAACAAGAAGAGAUAAGCAAAAGAUUAAAAGGAGAAUAGUUAUUUAUUAAAAGUAGGUUUUAAUGGACUGAUCGACGCUGGGCGAGCCCAGCUACUCGUGUUAACACGACCCCCCACCGAGUUUGAUAUCUCUCAUCACACAGAAUUGUCAAAAACACUAUUCUCAUCAGCCUAUAAGUGCCCACUGCUGAGCAAAGGUCUCUUCUCACACGGAGAAGGUUUGAGCAUUAACCACCACGCUCGCUCAAGGCCAUUUCAAACUUAAGAAAUUAUAAGUCCAGGUUUCCUCACGAUGUUUUCCUUCACCGUAUGCCAGUGGUGUCUCUAAUAAUAAUUAUAUUGGUAAUUGCCAGGUUUCGCACCCUCAUGCAUGAGAAGCGAUGUUUUGUUGUACAGUAAUAAAGUUAAACUAUUACGAACAUCGAAAAGUAUUCUUGCGUAGACAUAAUGUAUAGAAAAUUACCUUUGAAAAACUUGUGUACAACGCCAUAUUUUAGUGGACACUCGAACUAAAACGAAGCAUUUAUGAAUUACAUGCAUUUUUUUUUUUUAUUUAUGUUUAACUU